AUGGAAGAUAAAGCGGUAUCAACCGAAGAUCUAUGCAGAGUAGACCACAAAAGGAACGUGGCGUUAAGUCUAGCACGUCUAGAAGCUAUUCUCCAAACUUUAGUAGAAAAUAAGGUAGAAUCAUUAAAAAACGACAAUCGUAAACAAUCAAGUGUUCAUUCGAAACCCAAGUCUAUUUUAAAACGUCUAAGAUUAACAUCCACGUCUAGUCAGAGUACUACAAAGAAUGAGAAAAUGGAAGAAAACGGGAUAAUAGAUGGCGUAAAGUUGGAACAUGUUGUAGAAGUCGAGAAUAUCGUUAGAAAAUCUGCUCUUAAAAAAGAAUCGUCAUCUUCUUCGGUUGGAAGUCAGCAAUAUCAAUACAGAAUACCUAGUUUCGAAGCAUCGUCAAUAGUUAGUGACGAAGAGAGAAACCGCUCAAUGCAAUGUGACAAUAUUGAAAGUUGCGCUUCUAUCAAUGAAAGACCUCCUAGCUGUUGUUGUAGUCAAGAAAUGGAAGGACACAUAUUGCACUACGACGACGACUAUGUCUCUUUAAAACUGAACGCUUACGGUGACAACAUUGAAACGGAUACGAUACUUUCAGAAGAAGCCAUUCGAAGAGCAAGAAAGAAGAGAAGAAAACGUAGAAAGAAACGAAUGAAGAAACGAAUGGCUUUGGAACAACGCGGGUUUUUAGUCGAAGCUGGUGUACUCGACGAAAGCUUCAAGCACAUUACGGUGGAAGACUCGACCAAGAAAGCCAAAUGGACCAUUGUUGGAACUGCAUUUUUAUUGCUCUUCAUGUGUCUUUUGUUGGUUGGAAUAACCCUGAGGAUGGCGCCUAUUAUUGAUGAAAUGGUUCGUAAAGAAAAUGAAGAAUUCGUGAAUUCACUUAGCAGGCACAAGAAUAUUUCUUCAGGAGUGUCCGUCCAUUCAAACAAUACGUAA